AUGGAGACCUUCAACCGCUCCGAGGCGCCCCCGAGCAACGGGACGCCGGGGCCUUUCGACAGCCCCCAGUGGCCCCACCAGGCCCCCCGAAGCAUGUACACGGCCGUGGCCGUCCUCAUGGGCUUCGUGGUGGUCUCUGCCUCCGUCGUGAAUGGUCUGGUCGUCGUGACGUCCAUCAACCACGAGAAUCUCAGGUCCCCCCUGAACUACAUGCUGGUGACUGCGGUGGCGGACCUGCUGGUGACGCUCUCCGUCAGCCUCUCCAACAACAUCCACGGCUUCUUCGUGUUUGGCGAGAGGAUGUGCGAGCUGGAAGGCUUCAUGGUCUCCCUAACAGGGAGGGGAGCAAGAUUCAGACACCUCAGGAAGCAUCACUUCCAGGGCACGAAGCACUUUGUGCCGACACAUUGGCCCCUGGGCGCCUUCCGGCUGCAGCGCCGGCACGCCGCGACAGGCUGCGCGCUUGCCUGGGGCUGGGCGCUGCUCUGGACCACCCCGCCGCUCCUGGGCUGGAGCAGCUACGUGCCGGAAGGGCUGAGAACCUCUUGCGGGCCCAACUGGUACACCGGUGGCAGCAACAACAGCAGCUACGUCGUGGCCCUGUUCGUCACCUGCUUCGUCACCUGUGUUAUCAGGAUGAUUUGCAUUCAUGCUAAACUCAAUUCUGGAAACGUACAAGCAGCUGAACAACUGAAAUAUCUAAUUGCGGUGUUCUGACCUGGAUAAGGACAAGCAGGCAGGCUAUAGGACUACUACAACAGCUCUCUACCAACA